ACCGCAGGAUGGCGAAGAACCUGUAUGGUCCCCGAGUGCGAAUGGGCAACUGGAACGAGGACAUCUACCUGGAGGAGGAGGUCAUGAAGGACUUCUUGGAGAAGAGAGAUAAGGGACAGCUUCUCAUACAGAGAAACAGGAGACUCAAAGAGAAUCUUUUGAGACCGAUGCAGCUUUCCAUAACUGAGGAUGGAUACGUUCACUGUGGUGACAAAGUGAUGCUUGUGAAUCCUGACUACCCUGAGACAGAAGCUGAUCUGUUUUUGGGUGGGGACCUGAGCCUGUGCAUGACUCCGGAUGAAAUUAAAGCCCACCUGAGUGACGACUUAGAGGUGCCCUGUGGCCUGAGCGCAGCUCCAACCAAGAUCCCCGUUGGCAGAAACACUUUUAUCAUUUUGAGUGCAGACAGAAAUGCCAUGGGUCAAGUCCUUAGAUAUGGACAGAACUUCUGCCUUGCCAUAACGGGAGGAUUUGAAGACAGAAUGCUGUAUUUAUCGAGUGAUCACAGGACCCUGCUGAAAUCGUCGAAGAGGUCUUGGCUCCAGGAGGUGUACCUGACCGAUGAGCCCUCCUACCUGAACUGUUGGCAGGCUGCCUUCCUGGACCCCCAGCUCCGCCUGGAGUACGAAGGCUUCCCGGUGCCGGCAAAUGCAAAAGUUCUCAUCAGUCACUGCCACACAAAUCGGGGACUGGCAGCCCACCGACACCUAUUCUUAAGUACCUAUUUUGGAAAGGAAGUGGAGGUGGCUGCUCACACACAUCUGGAUUCACACAGAGUGGAAAAGCCGAGGAACCAUUGGAUGUUGGUGACUGGGAACCCCCGGAAAGACUCGUCCACCAUGUUGGACGUGGUGCCCAAGCCGCUGGCAGAGGACGCCCGAGCCCUGGAGCGGGACACCCGAACCCCAGAACAGGGCGCAGACCCCGGGGCUCAGUGA